AGGAAGGAAGGAAGGAAGGAAGGAAGGAAGGAAGGAAGGAAGGAUAUACAGCAAGGGCGAAGAGAAUCGAAAGAUUUGCCGUAGCGCGCUCAGCUUCCGGGAUUCGUGGGUGUUUUUACGCGCGCGGCGUGGAUCGAUAGCCGUCUCUCGCGAGCUCGGCUCGGCGUUGACGACGUCCGCGGCGUCAACAGGACGACAACGACGAGUCGGCUCGAAGGACAACCAAUUUUCGUUUGCGCCUGGACACGAAAUACUCGGCUGUAUUUAUAAGAAGAGAAACACGAAAGAGGGGGAAAGAGGAGAAAAAGGUAGAAAGACAAGAUAGGAGAGGACAGGAUAGGAUACAAGAAGAGAGGGCCGAGUUCCGGUGAUAUAUGGGGGACUUCGGCACAACGAGUCUUUUUUCGAGUACCUUGUCCGGGCCAAAAUCGUCCAUCGGUAGUAGCUCGAGCGCGGCUAUAGCCCUGACAACGUCCACCAUGCAGGACGACCUGCUGAUAGAAAAGCAAAAUACGGGAAAGCCGGCGCCCCUCUCGCCGAGCACUGCCCUCGAUAACGUUGGCGGUCCUCAGGAGAAGUCCAAGGACGCGGUUGAGGUCGAGAGUAUCGCUAUAACACCGACGACGCCCUCUUCGACGGAAAAGGAGAUUAUCGCGUGUAGCACGACCUCGGCCCUCCAAGGUUUCAGCGAUUCGGCUAGGGUGCCGAGUCUUUGGGCAGACGACACCACGAGUCUGGCUCUGCCGGUAAACGGCUCGAUCGCUGCUUUUCAAAAUUUUCCUACCGGAGGACCGGCCGGCCUUUUUGCCGGCACGGCAGCAGCCGCGGCUGUUUCGAGCAGUACACGACGAGCGAUUACGGCCAGUCACAAUUUUCCACAGCAACACGGUAACGCGGCUGGUGCGCCGAGCACCAGGCACGGCCUUCCCGUAUCCACGCCUCAGCAGCAGCAACAACAACAACAACAACAACAACAACAGCAGCAGCAGCAACAGCAGCAACAACAGCAACAACAACAACAACAACACCAACAACAACAACAACAACCACCGCCGACCUCACAUCCAGGCGUAUAUCUACCCAGUAAAAGUUAUGCCGCGUGGUCGGGUGGGCCUCAAGCACCACAACAAUGGGGCGGAGGACCUCAAACGGCCGCUGCCGUCGCAAGUCCAGGUCUUUCUCCUUGGAGCCGCGGUAGAUCCGUUCCAAAUCUACCACCUUUGCACUCCUCUCUUCAUGCUGCCGCUGCUGCCGUGGCUGUCGCUGGCCUCCAAGGAAGGAAACCAAGUCCCACGUUUCCGGGACAUCCUGGACCUGCUGCUCAUCCUUCCUGCAUUAGCCCGGUCAGGCAAUUUCGCAGGAGCACGUCUUAUCCUGGAAAGGGUAAUAUCUAUCCACCUCAGCCGGCGCCAACGUUCGAGGUCACUGCAGCGGAGGAAAGGGACCUGCUGCAGUUACCGCCCUUUCAGCAGGAUCGUAUGACGGCCAAUGGAAAUUCCCCGUUGGACAGUAUGCGGACAUUGGAACAUUAUCUAAGCGACAUCAUGCGAGCCGGCGCUGCUGAUACUCCUGAACAUCUAAAAGGUACGUACGCGAGCCGUCGAUGUCGUUUAAAUCAACGAGAAAAAUCUCAGAUCAUCGGAUUCAUAAACUGCAAUGCCAACACGCUACAGUCGCUCGCGCAGCUACACGGCAAAUCUCCGUUCUUCCCGAGUCUCGAUGAACCAACCGGUACUCUCUUGGAAGAUCCAAACGCACCAAGUCAGCUCGAUGGUGUUGGAGUCGGUGUUGGCGUUGGUGUUGGUGUUGGUGUUGGUGUCGGAGGUGGAAUAACCGCUUCCCAAGCGGCACCGCUUUCUUCACCGAGUCGUAGCAGUCCUCACAGUCAGGGUAGCGAGACCGGAGAACGUUUCUCUAGGAAAGUCUUCGUCGGUGGGCUGCCACCGGAUAUUGACGAAGACGAAAUCACAGCCAGUUUCCGUCGUUUCGGACCCCUAGUCGUCGAUUGGCCGCACAAAGCAGAGAGCAAGUCUUACUUUCCACCAAAAGGUUACGCUUUCCUACUUUUUCAGGACGAGGGCUCGGUACAGCAGUUGAUAGAUGCUUGUAUCCAAGACGAGGACAAGCUCUAUCUCUGCGUGAGCUCUCCGACGAUCAAAGACAAGCCGGUACAAAUAAGACCAUGGCGGCUGAGCGACGCGGACUUCGUCUUGGACGCCUCGAUGCCGCUCGAUCCACGAAAGACGGUAUUCGUUGGUGGCGUACCACGGCCGUUAAAGGCCGCCGAACUCGCUAUGAUCAUGGACCGACUUUACGGAGGUGUUUGCUAUGCUGGCAUCGAUACCGAUCCUGAAUUAAAGUAUCCUAAAGGUGCCGGUAGGGUCGCCUUCAGUAAUCAGCAAAGCUACAUCGCUGCGAUCUCAGCUCGAUUCGUGCAACUCCAGCACGGUGAUAUCGACAAAAGGGUCGAGGUAAAACCGUACGUUUUGGACGAUCAGAUGUGCGACGAGUGUCAAGGUCAGCGUUGCGGUGGUAAAUUCGCACCCUUUUUCUGCGCCAACGUUACGUGCUUACAGUACUACUGCGAGCACUGUUGGGCGACGAUUCACUCUCGACCAGGUCGAGAAUUUCACAAACCUCUGGUGAAGGAAGGUGCGGAUCGGCCUCGAGCCGUACCUUUCCGCUGGUGUUAACCCCCGCUGCGCUGUCCCUAAUUGUCUCGCAGCCCUAGCUAAUUAACUACCACUUCUACGAACACCCACCCACCUAUCCAACCUCCCCACUACCCCCGCCCCUCUUCCUCAACGCAAUCCAAGGAUCCACACUCCCUUUAUUACUUACCUACAGCAACAGCAGUUUCGAUCAUCAACCUACCACCUACAGCAAGAACCACCACCAAAACCACCACCAACACCGUCACCACCACCACUAUUACCACUACCACCACCACUACCACCACCACCACCACCACCGCCACCACUAUCACCGUUACUACAGCUCGAUCGUCACUACUACCACUACUACUCCACUACUACCACUAUUGCUACUAUUACUACUACUACUACUACUACUACUACUAUACUACUACUAUUACUAUUACUAUUACUACUACUACUACUACCACUACUACUACU